UAACAAAUAUUUCCCAGAAUAUUUUGGGUUCAACCUAAGGCUGACUAGGACAGAUCAAUCAACUUGAUCCGACACAGUAAGCCUACAUGUCAUACGUAGCACAGAGGGAGGAUGGUGAUCCUCAGAGGGAAGGAAAGGAAGUUGUGGAGGAAGAACCGGUGGCCACGCCCAAAGAGGAGGCCAAGAAGGGAAGGAAGGCAAAAUGUAAGAGAAGUGGCAAGAAGUCAAGGAAGCUGGGCACUGACAACGAUGCAGUCUCCAGGAAUAAACACCUGGAUAGAGGAUCUGUAAUUGAGCUCCUGGAGAAGAAAGCUGUUAAGGCUGCAUUCGGCCCAGGCAACAAGGAUGAGAUGGAAUACUCCUACCCAAUCCUCAUCUCAUUCCUGCGCAAUCUUACUGAUGAGCAGUGGCAAGUGAUCUACAAAGGACUAAAAAACCCUAUGACGAAGGAACAGCUUGCCAAAUUGUGCAAGACAAUUGUAACCUUCAUCGCACAGACCACCCUGCAGAUCCUGCUGCCAGCCCUGGCCCGCGUACUUGGGGUAAAGGACUUUGCUGACGACGACACUGACUCACCCAAGAGGGGUGGCAGUGCAAGAUCCUUUGCUGCCUUUGAUCAGGAAAGACUGGAGCUCAUCCAGGAAGUUAGAUAUCUGGCAAAGAAAAUGUAUAAGGGCGGCACAGGGGCUCAACAUCUCAGGUCCCUAACACCCUCUUCUAAGAGGUAUGUUCCCCUUAAGGUUUUCAUGUAUGGAUUUCACCAAGAUCAUCUAUCCCAGUGUUAGCCAAUGCAAUUUACUCUAUCUGAUGUAGUACAAAAUGUAAUGUAUCAGCCUUAAUGAGCAUGUAAAGCGAUCAAAAGGACAUGUAGAUAUUUAGAAUACUAAAAUUA